AUGCAAAUCUUCUUCAUUUUGCUGCUAAUUUCGCUCAAUGCCUACUCCAUCGAUCUCACAUCAUCAAGAAGAAAUCCUCUACAGUUACCUUCGAAAGAAGCUGCUAAACAAAAAGUGAACAUUGGAUUAGUCUAUCAGCACUAUGCGAAUCGUUCAAAAGCUUACGAUAAAGCAUUCAAGGAAGUCAUACGCAAAAUCAACGAUGGCACUUCCAUAUCCUCCCUGCGGCGAUUAGCAUCGAAGUACACAUUUGGUGCUGUGGAUUGUAUUCUACCAACGGGAAUGUUCUUCGUCAGCGAUGUGCUCAAUUGCAUUUGCAAAACGCUGGUAAAGAAUAAGGUUGCUCUAAUUAUCUUCGUCACGGCUUCGGAAACCUAUGACACCACCACAUCUGCGGAGCAGUAUUUUUUAACCUUGGCAAGUUACACCGGGAUUCCAGUAAUAGCAUGGAACGCAGACAAUUCGGGUUUCUCACUUGGAAAGGAUCUGACGCCCUAUAGAAUCAUCCAGAUGGCCCCGCCUAUAGAACAUCAAAUCAGAGCCAUGAUUGCUUUACUGCAAAGAUACAGUUGGUCAAAAUUUGGUGUGGUAUGCUCACAAAUGGCUGGAUCUUCCGAGUUCAUCAAAAGCGUACGGCACGAGAUAGCCGAUGCUAGCAAUAAAUCGGCAAAAUUCGAAAUCAUGUUCCACAGCCAACUGGAUACAUCGAACAUGACCGAUGUCGACAUGCAACUCGUGGAAUUAAAGAAAAGUCAAGCAAAAAUUGUACUACUCUACGCAACGGCUACUCAAGCACGAACUAUUUUCGAGAGAGCUGCUCCCUUGGGCCUCACAUCUGAGAAGUACCUUUGGAUAGGGACGCAAUCGGUACGAGGAACUCAAACAUCGGUAACUGGCCAUACACAACCGGGCAUGUUGUCGGUGAAUUUCCACACAGUGUCAAAUGCUAUGUUUGCCCCACGUGACGACAUUCUUCCACUCAUAAUCCAACUUGCACCAAAGCUCUUCGGCGCAGCUUUGCUACUUCUCCCUCCGAACGAGAAUAUAACCUUGGAAUCUACAGCUUCGUGUCGAGACGCGGAUGGUCCACCUAGUUGGGACUAUGGCGAAAAGAUUUAUGAGUUGAUGAAGCAAUCGUUUGUCAAAGGCAAUCCGUUCCAUGUUGAUGAUGGUCAUGACUCUUUCUUCUAUACUUUCAACAAAUACGGAAAGCUGAAGAACUCAAUGCUCAGAAUAUCGAAUUUGAGGAAGAACCCGAAAGGAGGCUAUUAUUGGGACAAAGUAGGAAUGUUCACAAAUAACGAGCUGCGUAUGGCAGAUGUUGAAUGGCCAGGAGAUAAAGCAAAUCCACCACAAGGAACAGCUGACAAGUUUCACGUUAAGGUCGUUACACUGCACGAACCACCAUUCAUAAUUGUGUCCGACGUCGACCCUGACACCGGCAGGUGUCCCGGAAAUCAAGGCAGCAUAUGCGAUUGGGGAGACGAAGAAAUUGAUGAUGAUGGAAGCAAAAAAAAUCGUACUCUGUGGAAGUGCUGCUCAGGAUAUUGUGUAGAUUUGUUGAACAAGCUGGCAAAUGACAUAGGCUUCACCUAUACCCUAUACAAAGUCAGGGACGAAAAAUGGGGUUUGAAAACGGACUCUGGUUGGAAUGGCCUCAUCGCAGAUCUCAUCAAUAACAAGGCUGAUAUGUGUGUUACAUCGCUAAAAUUGAACUCUGAGCGAGCAAGAGAUAUAGACUUCUCGCUUCCGUUCCUCGAAACGGGCAUAGCUAUUAUUGUCAAAAUCAGAAGUGGCGUACUUUCACCGACAGCAUUUCUAGAGCCAUUCGAAUACUCUACGUGGGUUGUGAUCUUGCUAGUUUCCAUACAAGGAGCUGCUCUUUCAAUUUUUAUCUUCGAAUGGGUCAGCCCUUACUCAUUCAACAUGAGCAGAUAUCCUCCUCCAGACCACAAGUUCUCGCUCUGUCGCUCUUACUGGUUGGUUUGGGCAACGCUGUUUAGUGCUAGCGUUUCAACAGAUGUCCCAAAAUCUACUGUAUCUCGGUGCAUGGCACUAGUAUGGGCCGCUUUUGGCCUCACUUUUCUGGCUGUUUACACCGCAAAUCUCGCUGCUUUCAUGAUCACUCGAAUACAGUACUAUGACUUGAGCGGUAUCCACGAUCCUAUGUUAGCCUAUCCUGCUGAUCAGCAACCACCCUUCCGCUAUGGAACCGUUGAUGGUGGCAAUACACACGAAACGAUGAAAAGAAACUGGAAAAAUAUGCAUGAAUAUGUAAAGAGAAAUCAUUUCUUCCGCGAUAACAUUUCCGCCGGAGUAGAAGCGGUCAGAAAUGACGAGCUCGACGCCUUCAUCUACGAUGCCGUUGUACUUGAUUACUGGGCGGGGAAAGAUGCGAACUGUGAACUUAUGAUGGUCGGAAAAUGGGCAAGCAUGACCGGAUACGGUAUCGGUUUUCCAAAAAACUCGCCAUAUACCGCGAUCGUCAAUCAGUAUAUGCUUCAGUACCAACAGAAGGGAGAUCUUGAACGCUUGGCAAACUUCUGGCUCACUGGCGCUUGUUCACCCGAAAGCCAUGGACAAACACAGUCUGCACCACUGGGAGUGGAGAACUUUUUAUCAGCAUUUUUCCUGCUAGCUGGAGGCAUUAUUUUCUCCGUCAUUGUGCUUGGGUGCGAGUUUUUCUUUGUACGUCACCUACGUAAGCCAUUACAGCGACUGGAUCCUAAUGGCUGGUGCGGCAUCAUUAGCAUGGCUAUGGGCAAAUCCCUAACUCUACCCGAAGCCGUGGACCGUGUUCAAGAAUGGAGAAGUAGAGCACAAUCAUUGGCAAGCUAUCAGCAGCAAUCACCUCUUAUAAAAAGGAGAUCGACUGGCGGAUCUGAUAAGCUCAAGCUGCCACACAUUGGAAGACCAGAUCAUAAGCCAAAAAAGAAGUUUCUCGAAGUUGAAACGAAUCUGUAG